GGAGGAAGGCGCUCUUGGGACCUCGCGGGUGCGCGUCUUCUCGCUCUUGCCCGCGUCCCUGCGAUUUGGGGAAGGCGUAACCCGGCGGCUGGGCGCGGGAGGAGCGCGGAGGAGCCAUGGGCGCCGGGAGCUCCACCGAGCAGCAGAGCCCGGAGCAGCCUCAGGCGGGGAGCGCCACGCCGGCCGAGCCCGAGCCCAGCGGCGGCGGCGGCCCCUCGGCGGAGGCGGCGCCGGACACGACCGGGGACCCCGCCAUCGCCGCCGCGGACCCCGCCACUAAGCUCCUACAGAAGAAUGGUCAGCUGUCCACCGUCAAUGGCUUAACUGAGCCAGGAGAGCCCAGCCUCCAGGAAGAAGCCCUGAAUGGCCAGGAAGAAGAAGUCAUUGUCCUAGAUGUCGGACAGAGAGAUGCUGAAGAUGUGAGUGAAAGAAACUCCAAUAAAGAGAUGGCUGCUAACUCGGCAGUGGUUCCUGACAUCACAAGUGACAGGCAGGAGGAGAUGUCUGAAAUAAUUGAGCAGAUUCCUUCUUCAGAAAGCAAUUUAGAAGAGUUAACACAACCCACUGAGUCCCAGGCUAAUGAUGUUGGAUUUAAGAAGGUCUUUAAGUUCGUGGGCCUUAAAUUCACUGUGAAAAAGGAUAAGAGCGAGAAGUCCGACACUGUCCAACUACUCACUGUCAAGAAAGAGGAAGGCGAGGGAGCGGCAGGGGCAGGCGACCACCUGGAGCCCAGCCAGGAGGCAGGGGAAGCCACCCCCAAAGAAAGUGAACUCCAGCAGUCCACGGAGAAACCCGAAGAGGCCCUCAAGCACGAGCAAAGCCACACAGAAAUUCCUCUUCAAGCUGAAUCUGCUCAAGCAACAGAGGAGGGCAAAGAAGAGGGAGGAGACAAACAGGAAAAAGAGGCCAGCAAGCCUCCAGAAUCCCCGACCAGUCCGGUGACCAGUGAAACAGCAUCGCCGUUCAAGAAAUUCUUCACUCAAGGUUGGGCUGGCUGGCGAAAGAAGACCAGUUUCCGGAAGCCCAAGGAGGAUGAGCUGGAAGCUUCAGAGAAGAAAAAGGAACCAGAGCCAGAAAAAACAGACACAGAGGACAAAGAAAAGGCAGAAGAUAGCUCUGGGAAGCCGACCGCGUGUGAGCAGCCAGUCCCGCAGGAGCCCACGGAGAGUGUCCAGGAGGCCAGGUUAUCAGCCGAGUAUGAGAAAGUAGAGCUGCCGUCGGAAGACCAAGUCAGUGGCUUGCAGGCAUCUCCUGAAGAGAAACUCGCUCCAUUAGCAACAGAAGUCUUUGAUGACAAAGUAGAAGUCCAUCAAGAAGUUGUCGCAGACGUCCACGUCAGCACUGCGGAGGAAGCAGAGGAGCAGAAAGCUGAGGUAGAAGAAGCGGUAGAAUCUUUGCUGCCUGAAAAAUUAGUUGAAACAGAUGUCGAACCUCAGGAAGCAGAACCUGCCAAGGACCAGGUAAAGACCAAAGAAGCCUGUGCCCCCGAAGAGGACCACACCCAGGGACCUGAACUAAGUCCAGAUGACAAAGUGUUGCCCAAACACCCGGAAGGCAUCGCGAGCGAGGUGGAAAUGCUGUCCUCACAAGAGAGAAUGAAGGUGCAGGGAAGUCCACUGAAGAAACUUUUUACCAGCACUGGCUUAAAAAAGCUUUCUGGAAAGAAACAGAAAGGGAAAAGAGGAGGAGGAGGAGGUGAUGAAGAGUCGGGGGAACACAGCCAACUUCCAAUAGAUUCUCCAGAUAGCAAUGAUGAGCAGAAGGGUGAGAGCUCCGCUUCCUCCCCCGAGGAACCCGAGGAGAUCACCUGCCUGGAGAAAGGGGUCGCGGAUGCGCACCAGGAUGGGGAGGUCGAAGAAGGAACCACUUCUGAUGGUGAAAAAAAGAGAGAGGGUGUUACUCCCUGGGCAUCUUUCAAAAAGAUGGUGACACCCAAGAAACGUGUCAGAAGGCCUUCAGAAAGUGACAAAGAAGAUGAACUGGACAAGAUGAAGAGUGCCACCUUGUCUUCCACGGAGAGCGCAGCCUCUGAAAUGCAAGAAGAAGUAAAAGGAAGCGCAGAAGAGCCAAAGCCGGAAGAACCAAAGCGCAAGGUGGAUACAUCAGUAUCUUGGGAAGCUCUAAUUUGUGUGGGGUCAUCCAAGAAAAGGGCAAGAAAAGCAUCAUCUUCUGACGAGGAAGGAGCACCAAAGACGGUGGGAGGAGACAGCCAGAAAGCAGACGAGGCCGGAAAAGACAAAGAAACAGGAGCAGACGCUGUGCUUGCCGGUUCCCAAGAACACGAUCCAGCGCGCGGAAGUUCCUCCCCUGACCAAGUUGGAAGCCCUUCGGAAGGGGAGGGCGUUUCCACCUGGGAGUCAUUCAAAAGAUUAGUCACCUCAAGAAAAAAAUCAAAGUCAAAACUGGAAGAGAAAAAUGAAGACUCUGCCACUGGGACCGGUGUAGAACACUCGGCUUCAGAUGCUGAACCUGGGAAAGAAGAAUCUUGGGUUUCAAUUAAGAAGUUUAUUCCUGGACGAAGGAAGAAAAGGCCAGACGGGAAACAAGAACAAGCCGCGACUGAAGACAUGGGGCCAACAGAGGUCAACGAGGAUGAUGCCGACGUCCCAGCCGUAGUUCCCCUGUCUGAGUACGAUGCAGUAGAAAGGGAGAAAAUGGAAGCGCAGCAAGCCCAAAAAAGUGCGGAGAAGCCUGAGCAGAUGGCGGCCGUGUGUGUGUCCGAGGAGCUCAGUAAGACUCUGGUCCACACAGUGGCCGUGGCUGUGGUUGACGGGACAAGGGCAGUUACCAGUGUUGAAGAGAGGUCUCCUUCUUGGAUAUCCGCUUCAGUGACAGAACCUCUUGAACAAGCAGAAGAAGAUGAAGCCACAUCAUUAGCUAGGGAAGUAUCUGAAAGAGAAGUGAUUGCAGAAGAAACCCCUACGGUUACCAAACCUGUGCCAGAGAACAGAGAUGCCCGUGACGACACGAUUGUCAGCGAGGUGCAAUUAACUUCUGAAGAUGUGACAGCUGCAGAAACGACAGAGGCAUUUUGUGCUGAAGAAGCAACCGAAGCAUCUGGUGCUGAAGAGACCACAGAAAUGGUGUCAGCAGUUUCCCAGUUAACUGACUCCCCAGACACCACAGAGGAAGCGACACCGGUGCAGGAGGUGGAAGGUGGCGUGCUAGACGUAGAAGAGCAAGAGAGGCGGACUCAAGAGGUCCUACAGGCGGUUGCGGAAAAAGUGAAAGAGGAAUCCCAGCUGCAUGGCACCAGUGGGCCGGAAGACAUAAUUCAGACCAUGCAGAAGGUAGAGUCAGAGCCACCAGAGAAGCUGGAAGAAGCAGAAGAGGGUCCAGAGAGAGAUACAGAUGUAGUGUUGCAAGUACACGCACAACAGACUAAAACUGAGCAUUUUACACAGGGGAAGGUAAUGGUACAAGCCACCCCGGAAAGCCUCGAAGAAGCUGCUCAAGUCACAGAGAGUGUAGGGUCCAGUGAGCUAAUAACCACUUGUCAAGCUGAAACCUUAGCUGGGGUCAAAUCCCAGGAGAUCACAGUGGAACAGGCCGCCCCCCGUGACUCAGUUGAAACCCCAACAGACGGUGAGACCAAUGGAAGCAUCCCCAUAGUAGACAUUGAAGCUCCAGAUACAACACAGCAAGACAAGAUUGUGGAAAUCCAUGCAGGUAAUGAGGUCACAUCUGGGACCCAGUCAGCGGUCACAGAGGCAGAAUCAGUUCUUGCCCAGAAAGAGAAGUUUCCAGCACCUUCUAGUUUUCAAUCUGAGGAAGAAAAUAAAGAGCAAUCAAAAGUGGAAGAUGUCCUAGAACAUCCAGAUAAAGUGCCCUCAGUGGAAACCGUACCCAUUCCGUCGAAGACUGAGGUGAUUCAAGAGGCCGGCCAGUGUGCCGAUGAAGAAACCAAAGACAUACCAUUUGUCGAAGGACUUGAAGUGUCUGUAGACACAGACGCACCAGUGAGUCGGGAAAAGGUCACUGAAGUUGCCCCUAAAAGUGAAGUGACGACACAAGCUGAAUGUCAAAAGAAUGAUAAUAUUGAACUCCAGAGUCCUACUAAGUCUCCUCCAUCCCCAGUGGAGAGGGAGGUGGUAGUUCAAGUAGAAAGGGAAAAAAUCAAAGCAAAACCAGCCCAAGUGAGUGAAGAGAAACUUGAGCAAAAAGGAGAUGUUACCGUAUCUGACGAGCUCGGCGUGCGACUGGUUCAGACAGUUAACGUGACCGUCAUAGACAAGGAGAAGGAAGUUAGCAGUUUGGAAGGCAGCCCUCCUCCUUGCCCAGGUCAAGAGGAGGCAAUAUGCACAGAAGUUCAAGUUCAGAGAUCCGAGGCAUCAUUAUUAGCUCUAACAGCUGCGGUGGUGGAGGAGAAGGUCUUAGGAGAAGGUGUCAAAAUUUUAGAGACAGGUGAAACUUUGGAGUCUGCAGGUGCUCAUUUAGUACUGGAAGAAAAACCCCCUGAAAAAGAUGAAGACUUUACAGCUCAGCCAAGAGAAGAGGCCGAGCCCACAGGGCCCGAGUCUCAGGCAGAAUCAAUAUCAGUAACAGCAUCUGCCACUCUUGAAAAAGGCUUCUGUUCUGCCCCGGAAGGAGAGAAAACCCCAUCACAGAAAUGGAAGUCAGAUGAAGCCAGUGAGCAGGUGGUUCGUCCGGAAGUCAAAGUGAGUGUAGGAAGAGAGGAAGAUGGAAAGGAUGACAACGAGAUUUUGGAAUUUGAGACUGAGAGCAGUAAACUCGUCCAGAGCAUAAUUCAGACUGCUGUUGACCAGUUCGUACGUAUAGAAGAAACAACCACCGAAGUGUUUACAUCCGAUUUACAGACACAGGCCCACGUGGUAAAAGCCGAUGGUCAGGAGGCUGGACAGAAAACGGAGACAGAAGACAGUGAAGGUCAGGUCUCUGAACAGGAUGAAAUACCGACGGUCGCAGCCCAAGAGGAGUCGGAGGAGUCAGAGCUAACCGCCGUGGGACAGGUACGUUCUGAGAUAUCCAAAGAUGUGAGUGAAACUUCAGAAAAGAUCAUUGAGGUAGAAAGUUCCAGUGUAAAUGACCAACAGCUCGUAGAGAGCGUUCUCCCACCUGAGGGAGAGGGAGAUGGAACUGGAGCACAGUCUGUGCCAGAAGCUGAUGGUGGUGCCAUGUUAGGAGAAAGAAUAGAGAAGCCACAAUGUGAAUCCAAAGAAGAUGAAGAAGGUGAUGCUGUCGAUUACCCUGAGAGCCAGGACUCGGCCCUCGCCCACACUCUUGCCUCAGGAGGCUUAACCAAAGAGUCCCCGGAUACAAAUGGACCAAAACGGGAAGAGAAGGAAGAUGCCCAGGAAGUAGAAGUUCAGGAAGGAAAAGUGCACAGUGAGUCAGAUAAAGAGAUCAGAACCCAAACACAGGAGGAGAUACGGAAAGAAGAGAGGGAACCAGCAAAGUCAGAACUUACGGAAUCCUAAAACAUCAUUUAAACUCAUUGUCUGUUUGCAAGACCAGAACGUGAGGACAAGUAGUAGAAGAGAAUGAAUGCUGCUGCUAAGACGCAAGACCAGUAUUUCAAGAACUUGGAGCACCAGAGGGCAGGCACGUGAACUGAGCUUGUUUCUAGAGAGCCCCUGACAAUCCUGAGGCUUCUUCAGGAGCUAUAGCCGUAUAACAUUGCCUCUUUUCAAGACCACCCUACUAUUCUAUUCUCCCUAGAUACCAUAUAAUGUUUCUGAUUUAAGGUUCUAAAUUCCUCACCUGGAACUGGAGAUGGCAAUACCUAGUUCUGCUUCUCAAACUGGAGUAUCAUUCUUUAUGUAUUUAUAUGUACGUUUUACGUAAUCCUCCUUGUGUAUCUAUUGUAUAUUUUUUUCUUAAUGUUUAAGGAAAUGUGCAGGAUAGUACAUGUCUUUUGUAUCCCACAGUAUAUGACGGGGCACACGGCCAUGGUGAAGCCUUGGGGAGCUUUAAAGCCUCAGUUAUAACCUGUGAAACACAGAGCUUCCUAGAAAUAACAUUCCCGAUCAGAAGGUACAGUUCUUACUGUAAAAUUUAAUAAUGAUUAGGUCCAUGUUUAGAAGCACUCUGAAAUUGGUCACUUUCCUAUUAGGCACAGUGUGCUAAAAAUAAAAGGCAUUUUUAAACGUACAGAAUGUUCCGUUGUGACUGUGAAAUUUUUCUUUCUAGCCCAGUGAAGGUUGGAAAGAAGUUUUUUCCAGUAGCAGACAGAUUAAGUCUUUUCUCCUACUUGUUGGACAGUUGUUUAGACAGACAAGUGUGCUUAAUUCUGAGGCAAAGUAGUGAAAUGGUUUUCAUGUUACAAAGAAAAGAAUUGACUGUUGUAAGUUUUUACUUCUACUCUUCUAUGCUGGACCACAUUCACACACAGCAUGACAUAAGUCAGGUUCUUAACAAAUGGUAUUUUGGUAGAUACUGGAUUGUGUCUGUGCCAUAUUUGUGCCCUUUCUUCUAAGAACAGUGUUGCAUAUUAUGUUCAUUUGGAUAAAGUGUGAUUUGACAAUGGAUUUAAAUAAAAUAUUUGCUUCACUUA